GGGCGGUGAGCAGGAAGAGAGGGAAAUGUGGUCCUAAGCUCGGGGAGGCAGCGACCCAUCCGGCGGCCCGGCCUUGAGGAGCCCAAGUGGCCCAACUCCAGCUCUGGUCCUGCCUGGCUGUUGUGCGUGCGUGUCUGUAUGUGCGUGUAAUGUCAGUGUUUGUGCGCGCGCGCUUGUGUGUGCAUGUCUAACUCGCACCCCCCCCCCCCACCUCCUCCUCUCGCUUGGAUCUUCUUUCUUUCUUCCUGUCUUAAUUUUUCUCGGCGGGAUUAAAGUUGGAAAUUGAGCGGAGAAUUGAGCUGCCCAGGAGCAAGGCAGCGGCUGCCGUCAGAGCGAUGUUCCCGCAAAGCCGGCACCCGACGCCGCACCAGGCUGCAGGUCAGCCCUUUAAAUUCACCAUCCCGGAGUCCCUGGAUCGGAUCAAAGAGGAGUUUCAGUUCCUGCAGGCUCAGUAUCACAGCCUUAAAUUGGAAUGUGAGAAACUGGCAAGUGAAAAGACAGAAAUGCAGAGGCAUUAUGUGAUGUAUUAUGAAAUGUCAUAUGGAUUAAACAUUGAAAUGCAUAAACAGACUGAAAUCGCCAAGAGAUUGAAUACAAUUUGUGCACAAGUCAUCCCAUUUCUGUCUCAGGAACAUCAGCAACAAGUGGCUCAAGCAGUUGAACGUGCCAAGCAAGUGACCAUGGCUGAGUUGAAUGCCAUCAUCGGGGUACGUGGCCUUCCAGGGCUCCCUCCUACACAGCAGCAAUUGCAGGCUCAGCAUCUCUCUCAUGGCCACGGACCUCCAGUGCCUCUCACACCUCACCCAUCGGGACUCCAGCCUCCUGGGAUUCCUCCCCUUGGAAGCAGCGCUGGCCUCCUCGCCCUCUCUAGUGCAUUGAGCGGGCAGUCUCACUUGGCAAUAAAAGAUGACAAGAAACAUCACGAUGCAGACCACCACAGAGACAGAGAACCGGGCACAAGUAAUUCUCUUUUGGUACCAGAUAGCCUAAGAGGAACAGAUAAACGGAGGAAUGGACCUGAAUAUUCCAGUGACAUCAAAAAAAGAAAGGUGGAUGAUAAAGACUCUAGUCACUAUGACAGUGAUGGUGAUAAAAGCGAUGACAACUUAGUUGUGGAUGUGUCCAAUGAGGAUCCCUCAUCUCCCCGGGCAAGCCCUGCACAUUCACCCAGAGAAAAUGGUAUUGACAAAAACCGUCUACUGAAAAAAGAUGCCUCGAGUAGUCCAGCAUCUACAGCAUCCUCGGGAAGUUCUACUUCCUUGAAAUCCAAAGAAAUGAGUUUGCAUGAAAAAGCCAGCACGCCCGUUCUGAAAUCCAGCACACCAACUCCUCGAAGCGAUGUGCCAACCCCGGGCACCAGCGCAACUCCAGGACUUCGUCCAGGCCUCGGCAAACCUCCAACAAUGGACCCCCUUGUUAACCAAGCUGCAGCUGGUUUGAGGACACCUCUGGCAGUACCUGGGCCAUACCCUGCUCCCUUUGGAAUGGUCCCCCACGCUGGCAUGAAUGGCGAGUUGACCAGCCCUGGAGCGGCUUACGCAAGUUUACACAACAUGUCUCCCCAGAUGAGUGCCGCCGCAGCUGCAGCUGCCGUGGUGGCCUACGGACGCUCCCCAAUGGUUGGUUUUGAUCCCCCUCCUCACAUGAGAGUACCUACAAUCCCUCCAAAUCUAGCAGGAAUCCCAGGGGGAAAACCCGCAUACUCCUUUCACGUUACUGCAGAUGGUCAGAUGCAGCCUGUACCUUUUCCCCCCGAUGCCCUCAUUGGACCUGGAAUCCCUCGACAUGCUCGUCAGAUCAACACCCUUAAUCACGGAGAAGUAGUGUGUGCAGUUACUAUCAGCAACCCCACGAGACACGUGUACACUGGUGGGAAGGGAUGCGUCAAAGUCUGGGACAUCAGCCAACCUGGCAAUAAGAGUCCAGUUUCUCAGCUAGACUGUCUGAACAGAGAUAAUUACAUCCGUUCCUGUAAAUUGCUACCUGAUGGCUGCACCCUUAUAGUAGGUGGAGAAGCCAGCACGUUAUCCAUUUGGGACCUGGCAGCCCCCACCCCGCGCAUCAAGGCAGAGCUGACCUCCUCGGCUCCGGCCUGCUACGCCCUGGCCAUCAGCCCCGAUUCCAAGGUCUGCUUCUCGUGCUGCAGCGACGGCAACAUCGCAGUGUGGGACCUGCACAACCAGACGCUGGUCAGGCAAUUCCAAGGCCACACAGACGGAGCCAGCUGUAUUGACAUUUCGAAUGAUGGCACCAAGCUCUGGACGGGAGGUUUGGACAAUACGGUCAGGUCCUGGGACCUGCGCGAAGGGCGGCAGUUACAGCAACAUGACUUUACAUCACAGAUCUUUUCUCUUGGAUAUUGCCCAACUGGGGAAUGGCUAGCAGUGGGUAUGGAGAGCAGUAAUGUGGAAGUGUUACAUGUCAAUAAACCAGACAAGUACCAGUUGCAUCUUCAUGAAAGCUGUGUACUGUCACUAAAGUUUGCUUAUUGUGGUAAAUGGUUUGUGAGUACUGGAAAAGAUAACCUCCUUAAUGCCUGGAGGACCCCUUAUGGAGCCAGUAUAUUCCAGUCCAAAGAGUCCUCAUCAGUGCUAAGCUGUGACAUCUCUGUGGAUGAUAAAUACAUAGUCACUGGCUCUGGAGACAAGAAAGCUACAGUCUAUGAAGUAAUCUACUGAAAACAUGAUGUGGUUUUAACUUUUAGAGUUGAACUGGGCCAAAAUGUUUUGAAUUUGUAGAAGUAGAAAGGUUGUAACUUAAGGAACAAAAAGAAAUCUGUUUCUAAACCUUUUCAUGAAACUACUCCAAGUCUACAAAAAGAAGGCAACAUCCGGCAAACUAAAUCAAAUAGGUCACCUGCCUAACCCCGAAGGAAGCGUGGAGGCAAAGAUGAAUGGACAGAUAGCCACGGUCUUAGGAUUCAGAAGCUGAGUCUGUUGAAGAAUGUUGGAGCCUUUUAUUUUCUUUCUCUGUGACCUACAGAUUGCUCUCAUUGCCUGAAUAUGUGAGAUUACCUUUCUGUUCUUUGCAGUUCAACUUGCAUUCUGUCCUAUGUAGAGCAGUGGUGUCUCCGAUGAACUUGUUCCCUGGUUUUGCAUCUUGUGAUAUGUUUUUUGUAUUUUUGUUGAAGGUUAAACAUUUGUAUAAAUUGUAAAUAUAUUUGGUUUAUUACAGUAAAGGCUUUAGUACCAACAA